CUCCUCCCUCUCACUUGCGCAUCAGUUAGUCCAAGUGCAGAGCAAUAGGAGGUCACACUGAGAUCUCACCUUUCCGUUAUUUACUGGAACGUCGGCAAGCGGAAGAACUGGAGAAGCCAAUUUAACAUAAAAAAUGAGUACGAGUUUAAUUGACACCUUAAUUUACGCAUUUGCGCAUGUGUGUUUAUUAAGUUGCAUUGUACAAACUGGUCUUUCUCAGCGUCAGGGCAACAGUGGAGCGGCAGCUCUCAGACAAACCAUACAAUGGCAGCACAACGGCAAACUCUUUAGUAUAUUAAGUCAAGGCUCGGAAUAUCAGCCACCGUUAAAACGAGACGGAAACAAAGAGCAGACGCAAGCCAGGCCGAUAGCCAUCGUCCGCAACGAUGAUGCGGCUACGAGAACCGACGGAUCAGCAGCUGCUUCUUCUUCUUCUUCUUCUUCUUCUUCUUCUUCGCGAGCCUCCCAGAGCCGCUCCGCGCGCUUGCAGUCAGGUAUCGGUGCGCGCUGGUUAUCAGGUGGAGCGCGCGCCAGAGGAUCACGCGGGCGCAGGAAUCAGACGGAGCAGCUGCAAACACCAGUCAACGGCACCGACAGACCCGCGCUGGACGAUGAAAUGAUGGUUGGAGAUGAUCCUCACAACCCAUACAAGUCUUCUGACCCGGACAACCCGUUUUAUAACUAUUUCUGCAAUUUUAGCAUCAUGCUUAUUCAUACGUUAUAUUUUUGGUGGAUUUGGCAACUUCCCAAAAUAAAUAAAUAA